UGGUAUCCCCAACAUAUGAUAUCCGCAAAUCUAUCACUUUUAUCUACCUACUUGAUACUUGCUAUUUGCUAAAUUCGGACAGUGUAGAUUCGCAAAUUGGAAACAAAUCAGUCGUUCUCCAGUGUCGAACAGUAUUACAAUGGCGCAAGUUGUGAGGAAAUUAACUGUGCACGUACUAAAAAAUAAUAAUGUUGAUUCGAUUAUCGGAAAUACCGCUGUGCGGGCAAACAGCACAUGGUGGGGUAAUGUCGAGAUGGGACCACCAGACGUUAUUCUGGGAAUAACCGAGGCAUACAAAAGGGACACAAAUCCCAAAAAAGUGAACCUUGGUGCAGGUGCCUACCGUGACGAUAAUGGAAACCCAUUUGUCUUACCGUCAGUUCGAAAGGCUGAAGAAAUCCUACUCAAGAAAGCUUUAAAUCAUGAGUAUGCACCCAUCGGAGGUGAAACCAGCUACACUGAUGCUGUGGCCAAGCUUGCCUUUGGUGAAAACAGCCCUGUAUUGCAAAACAAGUCUAAUGUUACUGUUCAAACACUGUCCGGCACUGGAGCCCUACGACUGGGUUUCGAAUUCAUAACCAAACACUACGCGAAGACCAAGGAGCUAUGGAUGCCUACACCCACCUGGGGAAACCACCCACAAAUCUGCAACACACUCAACCUUACACACAAGAAGUACCGCUACUACGACCCCAAAACAAACGGUUUCGAUCUUAAGGGCGCUAUUGAAGACAUCUCCAAAAUUCCCGAAGGCUCUAUAAUUCUCCUCCACGCUUGUGCCCACAACCCGACUGGCGUCGACCCUAGGCCUGAAGAAUGGCAACAAUUGUCUCAGGUUGUAAAAGACAGAAAACUGUACCCAUUCUUCGAUAUGGCGUACCAAGGUUUCGCGACCGGCGACGUCGACAACGACGCGUUCGCCGUGCGACUGUUCGUCAAGGAGGGACACCAGAUUGCGCUUGCGCAGAGCUUCGCUAAGAAUAUGGGAUUGUACGGCGAGCGUGCGGGCGCGCUCACGUUCCUGUGCGGCGACGAGGGCACGGCCGCGAAGGUGAUGUCGCAGGUGAAGAUCAUGAUCCGCGUCAUGUACUCCAACCCGCCGCUGUACGGGGCGCGGCUCGUGCAGGAGAUACUCAACACGCCCGAGCUGAAGCAGCAGUGGUUGAAGGACGUGAAGCUAAUGGCGGACCGCAUCAUCUCGAUGCGCACGAAGCUGCGCGCAGGCAUCGAGGGCGCCGGCAACAAGCUGUCCUGGCGACACAUCACCGACCAGAUCGGCAUGUUCUGCUACACCGGCCUUACGCCUCAACAGGUGGACCGCCUCACCAAGGAGUUCAACAUCUACUUGACCAAGGACGGCCGCAUCUCGGUGGCCGGCAUCUCGUCCAAGAACGUGGACUACGUCGCCGAAGCAAUGCACAAGGUCACAUCUUAGAUAUAAGGAUAGGUUCACUGCCAUAAGCAUUAAAUGAUUUUUUUUCUCACUGUACCAGAU